CCGCCGUCCGACUCGACGCCCCCGUAAUCGUUCCCGACAACCGCGAUGGCUGCAAAACCGGUCGUUCUCCUCACUGGCGCAUCCAAAGGCCUCGGGCUCGCGAUAGCCAAGAUUCUCCUCGAGACUUUCAACGCGAAUGUGGUCGCGCUCUCGCGCACAAAAACACCAGAGCUACUCAGCCUGGGUGAUGCGCAUGCGGACUCACUGCUUGCCCUCGAAUGCGAUGUUGCCGACGACGCCGCUGUGCGCUCCUCUGUAUCGCACGGUCUCGAGAAAUACAAGCGCAUUGAUGGUGUGAUCCUGAACGCCGGUGUGCUUGAACCGCUGGGCAAGAUCGCGUCGGAGGACAUCACCUUGGACCAGUGGAAGAAGCACUUCGACGUCAACUUCUUCUCGCUGGUCACCGCUAUCCGCGCAACGAUCCCAGAGCUGCGCAAGAGCGCGCUCGGCGGACGGAUUGUGUUCGUAAGCUCGGGAGCCGCAGUCGGAAACACGCCGUCCUGGGGCCCCUACAAUGCCGGUAAGGCCGCCUUGAACAGCCUGUGCAGAACGCUCGCGGAGGAAGAACCCGAGGUGACCUGCGUCGCUGUGCGCCCAGGCAUGGUUGACACUCCGAUGCAAGGCCUUCUACGAAGCAGAGGGCCGACCACCAUGGAAGCCACUGUUCUCAAGAAGUUCACCGAGGCCUACGAGAAGGGCGAACUCGUGAAGCCCGAGGAUGCUGGGCACGUCAUCGCCGCGCUCGCGCUGAAGGCCCACAAGUCCAUGAGCGGGCAGUUCUUCAGCUGGAACGAGGAGAAAUGCAACGAGUUCAGGCGGCAGUAACGAGACACAGGUGACCGUCGUGCAGCAGUCAUUACGCAAAUAUGAAGCAGACGUUAUCCAGGUUGUAUGAAUUAUGUGUACAGUUGCGGCAUUUCCUUUCCUGUGCGCCCUUCCGAUCCACGUCUGCCCCGGGCGUAUUGAUCGCGCCCACCUACUCGGUUUGACGUGGACGGCCAGUCAGCUAAGAAAGCUGCCAGGCAUGGAGGUAUAUAACAGCGCACGAUGCAUCGUUGUCUGUCGUUAUCGUACGUACCCAAAUGGCCACCCAUGCUACGGGUCAUACGCGUAUCGAUGUGCAUCACCACAUCUUCCCCGCCUCCAUAGGGAAGGCCGGGCUCAGCGCAAAGGUCGGAUGGAUGACGCCCCCGGAGAACCUCCCAUGGACGCCUGAAGUCAGCUUGAAAGCAAUGGACCAGCUCGGCGUGCGCACUGCCGUCCUUUCCCUUCCCGCUGGACUCCCCCCUGGGCCCGCAGGGGAUGAGAACAGGACGGCUGCGCGAGGUUUUAAUGAGUAUGCUACGCAGAUAUGCGACCAACACCCCGGACGGUUCGGGUUCUUUGCUUGCUUACCCAAUCUCAUCGACACGGAGGGUGUGUUGUCAGAGAUCGAGCACUGUUUCGGCCUGUUACCGUGCUGGGGCGUAGCCAUAUCGUCUUCGUACGGCGAGGGUGCGGACGCUAGAUACAUCGGAGACGACGCGUUCGAUCCGAUCUGGGAGGAGCUGAAUCGAAGACACGCGGUGGUCUUCCUACAUGGCACCCAAACCGCGUCGUCCACGCCGUAUCCCCAUCCUUUUCUAGGCAUUCCCGUGACGGAGGUACCCAACGAGACCUUCAAAGCGGCCGCGCACCUCGUCGUCACCUGCAAGAAGCGCCGCUGGCCACACGUCAAGAUCAUUCUCGCGCACCUCGGCGGCAGCACGCCCUUCCUCGCGCCGCGCGUCGCCGUGCUGUCCGGGCACAUGGGCUGCGCGCUGUCCCCGGACGAGAUUCUGGCGGACUUCAGGACGUUCUACUACGACACGGCGCUGAGCAGCCACGAGACAACGCUGGCGGCGAUGCGCGCGUUCGUCGACGACUCGCAGCUGCUGUUCGGCACGGACUUCCCAGCUGUUAGCGUUGGGAUGGUGGAAUGGUACACCAAGAAUGCGGAUACGUUCUUCGCGGGUGAUCAUGACGCGCUCGACCGAGUGAUGUACAAGAACGCCGAAGCUCUUCUGCCCAUGUAGUCACAUCUGCCUGGUUAUCGGGAGGCUCGAACAUUGCUGUCUACUGCUAGCCACAUGCGCGGCGCCGCUCUUGUGUGUUUUAUAUAGAUGUGUCGACCAAUGUCAAGAAUACAUGGCUCUAGGUUUAGUAUUUGCGCUGAACCGACAAAAGUUAGAUGAGUCAAUACGAAUGUCAAGGUCAGAUAGCUAUAUGGCGCGGGUAUGGGUAUUAGGUGCGGUAAUGUUAGGGUAUGGACGUAAAAUCGUAAGCAUAGCAGUUUUCAGUGUUUCUCCUGCAACCACUGCAGGAUGUCGUUAUGGACAGGGGAUAUCGAUAGAAGGGCUUGCCCGUGGUGCCCGUCUGGGUCGAAGCGCAGGCCCUUCCGGAUUCCAUGUGAAGUGAGGUAGCGCCGUACGCGUGUAGCGUCGAUGAUGGAGUCCUUGCCGCCGAGAACGAACAGGGUCUUCUUAGGGUCCCGCGCGUUGGGAAUCUCCUCGUACCAGAGACAGUUGGAAGACCAGUCGAAGUGGCGCUGCAAGAAGUUGGCGACCCCUAGUUCGGUGCCGACGAAGUAUUUGAUGAUAAGGUCCAGGCCAUCUGCGCAAGGCCGGUAAAUGAAGUUGUAGCAGAGGUCUCCUUCCCAGGAGCAGAAGGUGACCGGGUCUACGAAACAUGAUCGAGUGAUCAUUUGGGAAUACGUCUUGAGCAUCCAUGCGUGCGAGAACGAACCGUUCGAGUGGCUGAGCAUGGUGACGCCUUUAGGGGUCCGCAGGCUAUCCGAAGCCUUGCGCGAGUUGCCAGGGUCCUUCUCCUCUGUAUCAGAGGCAUCCGAAGAAGGAUCGUCCAGGUCAGCCCAGCCGAGCUUCGCCAGAAGACCGGCAAGACACGUCGUCAUCUCGUUCCUGCCCAUGGGGCGCAAGAAGCGAGGGUGAAGGAUUUCUUGACUGACGUGUGGCAGGAGAGGAACAAGGAUGGGAUAGUCCGGAAGCGAACGGAACAUAUGGACAAGGAAGCGACGGUAUUGCGUCAGGCCAAGCCCGAGGCCGUGCAUGAAGACGAUCGGGCGAGGGCCAGUGCGCGCGUUCCAGGUUGGCGGUACGCGCAGGACAUACUCGAGACCCUCAUGGACUUCAACCUUCGCGUUCCAGUUCGACCUCAUACUGUGGCGAAUGUAUGCAUUGCCCAGUGUUACCCCAAUGUACCACAAGAGCGGCCUCCAAGAGACAUUGACAGGAUCCAAAGUAAGACGCAUCGGGGGUACGGCGGGAUUUGAGCCGUGAGGGAUCUUUACACCCGCACGAUCUUCGACCAUGUGGGUGACCUCGAGGAGAACCUUCCGGUGAGGUUCGGACACCUUGUCCAUUCCUGGGAAGGCAGAGUUGAACAUGGACCAGUAGAGCCACGUAUACACUUCAUGCCGACGGAUCGACGACCAUGGUGCCUUGCCGAACCAUGUUCUCAGGUAGUUCCGGAAGUCUACUGCGCGGGGGUCGUUGUAUUCGAGGACCGUAAGCGUCUCUUCCGGACUGCCAGGCCUGUCAACGUCCAGGGUCUCCUCAUCGAAAUCCUCGGGUAAGGACGCAAGGCCAGCUCUGAGAACGCGCUUGAACACUGCCUGAAGUUCGAGCAGGUUUCCAGCACCGGUGGGGCUUGGACCAGAGAUGAACGCAGUGAGGUUGUAGUGGUACACGCUGAAGAAGACCUCACUGAGCGCGAGCGCGAAUAGACCGCAGCCGCGCCAUGCGAAGGUCCAGAUGAGGCCAGAGUGCAGCGCGUAGAUUACGAAGGCCCAGGAAAGGGGAACGAUGGACCAGAUGGGGAGGACCGCGAAGACGAGGACGAGAUAGAAUGUGAGAUCACGCCUUGCCGGGGUAUGCAGCUUCUCCGCGAGGUCGACGACGAGCUUCUCCGCUUUGGACUCCAUGGUCCUGUCUACGGGCGUCGUGAGGCGUCAGAGGCCUCUGCAAACGAGUGGAAGAGCCGUGGCGAGACGAGGACCGGGGGACAGGGGGACAGGCUUUUUGACCGUCGUCGCAGGAGCAACGUCGCGUACGGGCGGCUGGCAGCGCAUCGUGCGAGGUCGACCCAUCACCGAGGAACGUGCCCAUACCGGGCUCACGGCGCAAAAAUGGGCUCAUUUGGGUGUCUGCGGCACACGCGAAGCGGAGACUUCGCGAGUAUAUAUGCACACUGUGCUGCUGCGCCCUCCCACCAUGUCCGACGGUGAGCGCAACGGUGUACGACGGGCGACGGCCAGGAGAGGGUCGGGCGGGGACGGUUCGGGCCACGCGAGCGGGUGAUAGCCAUGUGGACGAAGGAUGACGCUGUUGGCAUUGGCACGGACUUGCCCGCAUUUCGGCCGACAUCUCGUUUUCUUCAACGCCCCCCGCUCUCUCCCUCCCCGUCCAUCCUACCAUCUUGUUCUCUCCAGCAGGUGCUGCUCGCCAUGAAUCGUAGUGCUCUCGCCUCUGCUGCCCGUCCUGCGCUCAACGCCAGGACCGCUACCACCCUCUCCGCUGGCUUCCCCCGGGUCACCCAGAGACUCCCCACCAAGUAUGGUGGUGUCUACACCGUGACCCUCAUUCCCGGAGAUGGUAUUGGUAACGAGAUCACGGACUCCGUGAAGGAGAUCUUCGAGCACGUCAACGCUCCCAUUGAGUGGGAGCAGUACAACGUCUCGGGCAUGUCUUCCGAGGGCGAGGACCUCUUCAAGCAGGCUAUGGAGAGUCUGAGGCGCAACCGUGUCGGUCUCAAGGGCAUUCUCUUCACCCCCAUUUCCCAGUCUGGUCACAUCUCGUGGAAUGUCGCCAUGCGCCAGCAGCUCGACAUCUACGCGUCUGUUGUCCUGUGCAAGUCUCUCCCAGGCUUCCCUACGCGUCACAACAACGUGGACUUCGCCAUCAUCCGUGAGAAUACGGAGGGUGAGUACUCUGGCCUUGAGCACCAGAGCUUCCCUGGUGUUGUGGAGAGCUUGAAGGUGUCCACGCGCGCGAAGGCCGAGCGUAUCUGCCGCUUUGCGUUUGACUUUGCCCUCAAGAACAACCGCAAGAAAGUCACUUGCGUGCACAAGGCCAACAUCAUGAAGCUUGGUGACGGUCUUUUCCUCAACACCUUCCGUCGGGUGGCUGAGGACUACAAGUCUACCGGUAUCGAGUUUAACGACAUGAUUGUCGACAACACCUCCAUGCAGCUGGUUGCUCGUCCCACACAGUUUGAUGUCAUGGUCAUGCCCAACUUGUACGGUGCCAUUGUCUCCAACAUCGGUGCCGCGCUCGUUGGUGGCCCCGGCAUCGUUCCUGGGUGCAACGUUGGCAGGGAGUACGCGCUCUUUGAGCCUGGUUGCCGUCACGUCGCCAAGGACAUCAUGGGCACCAACCGUGCCAACCCUUCAGCGAUGAUCCUCAGCGCGACCAUGAUGCUCCGGCACCUCGGUCUCGACCACUUGGCGAACAGCGUCGCGAGCGCGACCUUCGACGUUAUCAACGCCGGCAAGGUCCGCACGGCGGACAUGGGCGGCUCUGCGACCACCUCGGAGUUCACCGCGGCUGUCAUCAAAAAUCUCAACUGAGCGCUCGGUGACUGUAGAGGACGGGAUGGGCCGUAGUGAGCAGGGCAGGAGCGCUGAGCAUGGACAACUACGUCGUUUCGUCUGGUAAUGUAGAUGUAGUGUACACGAUGGCCUAACGUAUCAUACCUCGCCUCCUAGAGUGCCGUUACCAACGUAGAUGUGGGUUCUCCGAAUCAUGGGAUGCUGCUCAGAUCGAAGUCGUUGAACAGUGCAUCGUCAUCCAGCGCGGCGUCGUAUUCGUCCUGUUCGGGAGACUCUUGUUUGGGUUUCUUGGGUGCUGGCUCUUCGUGUGGGCGUCCCGCCGGAGCUUCUGAACCAUCUGUAGGUUCGACCUUGACGAGCUGGUGUGCAUCCUCUGCGCCCGUGGUCGCCUCGUCUGCCCCUUCCUCGCGAGCUUUGCGCAAGCCCAAUAUGGUCGAGCAGCGGACGUCCCCCUGCUGCCCCCAACCCUCAGACUGAGGCCGGAACUCGGCGUACAGGGCAAACCCCUUCUUGUUCAGCUCCGCAGGGGAAUAGCUCGCCGCGAGGAGGCGCAGCGCGCCCACGAUGUGUGGCGCCGUCUGCCGUAACGCCCGGGUGAUGUACGAAAACGCCGCCGUGGGCGCGACAGGCGAGCCGUUCGAGAGGGCAUGCCACUGCGACGACGCGGUCUGGUACAGGGGAGCGCGUCUGCCCAUGAGCUCCACGUACGGCUGCGCGCCGGUGCGGCUCGCGUCUGCGCCGCGCUGCUGGCCGUCCCGGUAUAUGCCCAGCGAGACGCCUUUGGUAACCGCGUUCAUCUCCGUAUAUGCAGAAGCUAUGCUGAGUGCUUCCUCCCGUCGGAAGCCCAGACGUUCCGCGACGACGAACGCCCAUGCCAUCAUUAUGGGCGCGCGGUUCACGACGGUGUACUUCGUGCUGAUGACCUCCUCGUCGAGAAUCUCAUUGAACUCGAGGCUGCCGUACGCGUCGCCCUCCUGGCGCGGCUUGCUGGGCAGCAUGUCGUUGAGAUCGUCGUCCCGCUUUCGUUUCCGCUGGGGCUUUCCGUCGGCCUUGGAGGACCCUGCCUUGCCCGCUGACGAGGCGCCCUUGGAGCUUCCCGCCGUGCUGGCUUUGGGUGGCUUGCCCUUGUACCCUGCUUUGCGCACGGCGGCGAGUACUUGUUUACGGGUGUCUUUCUCUGC